AUGAGUUCCUCGCGCGCCGUCCAUCAUUUUGUAUCCCCUGAGAAAGAGGUUAAUGCUGGCCUUUGGUCUCUUUUCGCCGGUGCGACCAUAUGUCUCGGCCUUCGACUCUAUUGCAAAUUGAGACGUCAAGGUCUCUGGUGGGACGAUUAUAUACUCAUACUAUCCUGGGUGGUCCUCCUCACAGCCGACAUAUUCAUUUCCUACGAGUUCGCCACCGGAUAUGUCGUCAAGACUUGGAACGAUCGUAUGUUGAUUCUUGUGACGAUCUCAUCCUGCCUCACUACCGCCGGCCAAACAUGGAGCAAAUCCGCCUUCGCGGUAACGCUUCUCAGGAUGACAAAUGCCUGGCAAAAGGCCAUUUGCAUCAUCACCCUCAUCGUCCUCAACAUCUUCCUAGUCCUCAAGGUUUUUGUGAAUUGGUCUAAAUACUGUGACAAAUCCGGUUAUCAAAAUUGGUGGAGGAUGCCUGGUUUCUUCUUCAACAUCGUUGCGGACUUUGUGCUCGCUCUCUUUCCAUGGAUGGUUACAUGGAAGCUGAAGAUAUCUCUCAAGGAGAAGAUUGCUCUUUGUAUAACCAUGAGCCUCGGAAUUGUGGUCGCCAUCAUCUCAGCCGUAAGAACUGCUUGGAUGAAUGACCCAAGUGUCGAUGCCUAUAAUGACUAUUAUUUUUGGCGCCAAGGAUUAUCAAUGGUCUGGUACUCAGCCGAGGUAGCCGGCACUAUAAUCGUGCAAUCCAUACCACUAAUGCGACCACUGUUAAACGACAUGCACUCCUCACUAGCAUCUAGAAAACUAAAUUCCGACGCCGACAGAGGAUACGGCCCCGGGAAGAGUAUUAAAAGCGCAAAGCGAAGAACCCUCACCUUGAUCCUCCAAGGUGCGGACAUGACAGACGACGUAAAUGGCACCGACGACAAGAAAAGAGAGGAUGUAGAUCGAAUGCACCUGACCCAAGACGAGAACGGCAAGAUAGUCCUGCGGAGAAGGACCCAGGAACCACCCAUGGAGUAUGAAGAGAGCCGCAUGGCGAGCAGAAGGCUGGAAGAGGACGAGAUUGGCUUGACGCAGGAUUCAAAGGGGAGGAUUGUGAUGACCAGUGAUUACCACGCCGAUGGGGACUUGGGCCAAACUCCCGCGUAUAGCGCUCACAGGGGUCCGGAGGACAUUCCCAAGUAUAGCGCCCACGCAUGUUUGGAGGAGAUCCCAGAGUAUGACGACCACGGAGAAUUGGAGCAGAUUCCUGAAUACCGCAGCAUCGAAGACAAGGAAGAGAUUCCUAUGACAGAAUUCCACGCCACUACUAGUAAAUAA